ACAGGGCAGCAGAGCCCUGCAGAGACGCUAAACCUGCAGCCGGAACCGCGCAGGACCCAUUUUCAUCGCUUUGUGCUUCAUCUAACCGCCUUUUAGGCUAAAAAAUAUUUCUUUCCAACUUCAGCUACAGUGAUAGCUAAGUUUGGAGGGGAGAAUAGGGAUAAACCGUGCCUGUUGCCGAUAUAUACAUGCACAAUUAGCUCGCUGGCUUUGCACAAGGGGAAUAAAAUAUAUAGAUUGACCUGAUUUUUUUUUUUGGACGGCUUUACAAUGGAUAACGCUGGACCUAAGAAAACAUGCUGCGAAUCUGUCCGCGACUUCUUCACAUCAGCAAGAUUCCUGAUUUACAUGGGACACGCUCUGUCAACAUGGGGUGACCGAAUGUGGAACUUUGCCGUAGCUGUUUUCCUUGUGGAGCUGUAUGGAAACAGCCUGCUGCUCACUGCUGUGUAUGGCCUGGUGGUUGCCGGCUCUGUGCUGCUGCUUGGGGCCAUCAUUGGGGACUGGGUGGACAGAAACCCUAGACUCAAAGUGGCCCAGACUUCACUGGUUGUCCAGAACUGUUGCGUCAUCCUGUGUGGGAUCCUCCUGAUGGUUGUUUUCCAGUUCAAAGAACAGCUCACAGAGCUUUACAAUGGAUGGAUUCUGACGACCUGCUACAUCCUGGUGAUCACCGUUGCCAACAUCGCCAACUUGGCCAGCACAGCUACAUCCAUCACCAUCCAGCGGGACUGGGUGGUGGUUGUUGCUGGACAGGACAGCAGCAAGUUAGCAGAUAUGAAUGCCACAGUCAGGAUCAUAGACCAGCUAACCAACAUCCUGGCUCCCAUGUUGGUUGGCCAGAUCAUGGCUUUUGGCUCCCACUUCAUCGGCUGUGGCUUCAUCUCCGGCUGGAACCUGUGCUCCAUGUGUCUGGAGUAUGCCCUGCUGUGGAAGGUCUACCAGAAAACCCCGGCGUUGGCCAUUAAAGCUGGACAGAAGGAGCAGGACCAGGAGCUCAAACAGCUCAGCACCCAGAGAGAGUUGGAGAACGGCCAGAGUCCUGAGGAGUCGUCUCAGCCACUGAUGAAUGAAACCUCGGUGGUGGCCAAGCCUGACUCUCCCCAGCAGAGUGGCUGUUGCUAUCAGGUGACUGAGCCCCUGCGUACCUUCAAAGCCGGGUGGGUGGCCUAUUACAACCAGUCCAUUUUCUUCGCUGGCAUGUCCCUGGCCUUCCUCUACAUGACGGUGCUGGGCUUCGACUGCAUCACCACAGGCUACGCCUACACGCAGGGCCUCAACGGCUCGGUGCUCAGCCUGCUCAUGGGCGCCUCAGCGGUCUCUGGCAUCUGCGGCACCGUUGUCUUCACCUGGGUUCGCAAGAAGUGCGGCCUCAUUCGCACGGGCUUCAUCUCGGGCGUGGCCCAGCUCUCCUGCCUCAUGCUGUGUGUGGUGUCGGUCUUUGUUCCCGGAAGCCCCUUCGACCUCAGUGUCUCACCCUUCCAAGACAUCUAUACCCACCUGAUCGGAGACAAGAGCCCGCUGCCCGAGGCUGACCACAGUCUGACCAGUGUGCUGACGAGCGACAGUCUGUCUGUAAACUUCACCACCACCGCACCAGCCGAAGAGGUGCCGCCUCUGCAGUCCUACAUGUCUGUCAGUCUGCUGUUCGCUGGGGUCAUUGCUGCUAGAGUUGGCCUGUGGUCUUUUGACUUGACAGUGACCCAGCUCAUCCAAGAGAAUGUGAUCGAGUCAGAGCGGGGGGUGAUCAACGGCGUCCAGAACUCCAUGAACUACCUCUUAGACCUGCUGCACUUCAUCAUGGUGAUUCUGGCCCCCAACCCGGAGGCCUUUGGCCUGCUGGUCAUCAUCUCCGUCUCCUUUGUGGCCAUGGGUCACAUCAUGUACUUUAGAUUUGCUUUCAAGAGCCUGGGCAGCCGCCUGUUCCUCUGCUGUUCGCCGGAGCAGAAGACUGAGACGGUAGACAGCCCCUCACUUCCUACCACUGUCUAACCACAUUAAAGAGACUGUGUCCCUGGGCACCUGCUGUAUUCCUACAGCCUUUUCUCACCCCUGCUCUACUUAUCCAACUAACAUGCUCGCUUGUAGCCGCCAUGAUGCUGAUGCUAACAUAAGCCAGUUCUGACAACGGAAGCCUAGUGUGUGCCAUGCGUAGCCAUUGAUAUAGCAUUAACCAUUAGCAGAGGGAGGUGAGUAGUACGCCUGCAGUCACAGAAAACUAACUGCUUGUAAAAGGUAAACCAGUUGGGAUAAGACAGGGUUUCUUGGACUUGUUCAGCUUAGGAGCCAGAUAGUUAGCCUCUCUCCCUUGGGUCCGGGCUCAUCAGAACAUCUAAGUACUGUCAUAUAAGGAACCAUCAGGUAUCAGCCUGUGACCCUAUUCUGGGUUCUGACCCAUACUUAAAAAAAAAAAAACAGGGAUAAGGCACUGUAAAAUACACAUUCAUCUGUGUCUAUGUCUUCUCCUAACAGCCUUGAUCUAGCUGUAAAUUUUGCAAGGUGCUUCAGCUACCAAAAGGGCAAAAUGAGAGAGAACUCCUGCAGGGACUCUGCUGUAGGCUGCCACCUUUAACGCUCUGUGGCUCCAGUAAAGGUGGGCAACUAUCCCACAUCCCGUCAGGCAUAACAUUCCUCAUUACUUGUUUGUUUCUCAGUGACUUCAUUGGUGCUGUAGCUAUUUUUUUUGCUAGCGAUUACUUUUGCAGCCUUUUCUUGGUUUUGCCAGCUUAUGCAAAUGAGCACGUUGUAGGCGACCCCUGUCGGGGGGGAAGACACUCUUGCUUAUUUAGCCAAACAAAAGUGGGAUAAAGUCUCUUUAAUCCAUGGUUAUAAGGGUUAUGCAAAUUAUUUAUUCAGGAAAUGGUGGUUUUUAUGAUAAAUGUAUCAGCAGUAUUGUCUUUCGCGUUAGCGGUUGUGCCAUAACAAAACAAAUGAGAAGUCCUAUGCACCCUCGUCAAUAGCUCUCAGUUACCAAAGUCCGUGUAUGGCAUAAAAGGAAGUGAGGGAAACUCAGUUAUCUGUCUAAAGCAUUCCAAAUAUAUAUUUUUUAUGUCAGGUGACAGUAGUUGUGUAGGUUCACUAAUCCUUCUUACACCCCUAUCACACCUAAACAUUAAUAACCCACUUUGACAUUGUACUUAAAUUUAGUUCUACUGGUAGUUUACAUUGUGUCAUUUUGACGCCAUUUGAUUUUUAUGUUCAAGUUCUCUAAGGUGAUUUUCAAUCAUGAUUGUUGUUACACAGGCACUUUAAGUGAUUGACAUCUGUCAUUAAACCUAACAGAUGAUCAGGAAUUUCAUCAAUAUUUUUGCACAAGGCUGAAAUCCUGACCUGCCGCGGCACAGUCUUACUUCCCAUGUUUUAGGCUGUCCAGUCUAUCCAGUUGCUGUGGGGAUUGUGGCUCUGACAGGCACAUAAUCACAAGGCUCAGCACCAUCUGUUCACUUGGAAAAUCUAGCCCUUUCCCUAUGAAUAACUUUGAACACACCCCAGGUUUACCUCAGACACCCCGUUUUCCUCAUGCACAGCCAGCCGAGGAGCCUAGUCAGCAGGUCUGGUCUCAUAUCAGCUUACUGCGUCUGACUGCCAACCAACCCUGAACACACCUGUGCCAAGAACCAGGGUUAUUGCUCUUAAUUCUGUUAAAUCACAGGUGGAAAGUACUCAAACAUUUUUACACAAGUAGAAAAGAUGCCACUUCACUUAAAUUGUAAGUGUAAGAGAAUUUACCUGAAAAAAUAACCACUCAAACUGUUUUGAGCAAAAAAUAAGACCAUUUUUGAGUGAUGUUUACAUGUCAAGAAGUGAAACCAUGUCAAUAUCCAAUUAGAACAAAGCACAAAUAAUGAGACCUAAACGCUUUGAAAAGCAGCAUUGCUUCAAAGAUCCACUCGAACACAGAAACUGUUGCAUUUCUACUCGGUUUCUUUCCACCUGACCUUAAAAUACCACUUCAGUGGUUUCUGAUGCCUUAUUGUAAACUGGCCUUGACAGCUGUUACACGCACACAUGUACAGGAUAGGCUACAACAGAACAGUUAUUAUUCACACCCUGACCAUGAAAAAAAAUAUUAGCCAGUCUAAGGCAAAGUUUUGGUGUCUGGGAGCAACAAUAUUUGUGUUGGAAACAGCAGUAGCCACACCAGAUGUAGAGAACAAAAGGCCAUUUUUCAGCUGAGGGUUAAACUUAAAUCUGUUGGAGGAGCGUGUCGAGGCGGAAAGGUCUGCAGGUGUGUUGCACUCACAUUAUUUCUCAGCUCAAGUUUCAUGUUCAGCCUGAGUUUAAUGGGCCCUUGAACGCGAACAAAACCACAGAUAUCCGUGCUUGGAUUGCUGAUUCAGGAAUAUUACACAUGGCCAUGUAUAUAUAUAUAUAUAUAUAUAUAUAUAUAUAUAUAUUAGUGUAAAUAACAUAAUCGUCAAUCAGUAUAAACAACUAAAUAUGCUACUGGAAAAUGUUAAAAAAAAAAAUGUGUAUACUGUUGUCACAUUAUGCUGUUGUUGUCUGGAAAUGUUGACUUUUUUUUUUUACAUCUGUUUUUAUAUACCUAGUGUUAACAUUUUGUGUCCAGUUGAGGUUUUCUGAAAGAUUUUUAUGGAAUUGUUUUUCUCUGCCUCCUGUGUAAAAAGCAAUCCUCUUUCAGAGGGCUUUUUCGAUUGAUUACAGAACACCUAAAUAUCAUACCGCUUAAAUUUUAGGAAUACUGUAUAUUGCCAGUGUUAUUGUAUAAUUUACUAGUCCAGUAGGCAAAAGCAUUAAAUCACCGAGGAAUCAAGGCUUGUAGCACUGAAAGAGUAAAAUUGUCUGUAACAAUCGCACUCCAUUCAAUAUGAGGACAUUGAUAAAGCUUGUGUUGCAUGAGGUCUCUUAAAUAAAGACAACUUUAUCA